AUGGGUGAGACAGGAGCUCAGCCCACCCUGACCCAGACACAGCUGGAGGAGAUUGCCAGCAAAAUUUCAGACCUAAACAAAUGGAAAGAAAUUUUUAGUUUCCAUAGCAGCACCCAGGCAGCAGUGGCCAUGGACCACCUGGAGCUGGAGAGCCCACGGGGCCACCACGACCACCACCUCAGCCUCCCUCAGCAGUCCCCAGGCUCCUCCUGGUCCCUCCAGACAGGGGGGCUGCGGCAGUUGCUCUUUGGAGAUGUGUGCCAGCGCUUCAGCUGCGAGUGGGAAAAAGCAAACUUCAGGUUUUGGGAGCCAUACUCUGACCUGGGCUAUGCUCUGGAGGCAGAAAAGGGGGGCACAAGAGCCCUUCUGAUGGCUGUACAAGCACACAUCAUCACAUACCUGCUCUUCAUCAGAAACACAAAAUGUACUGAGCUGGAAAGGCUGUGCAGCAUCAGCAGGAGGGUGCAGGGAGAGGCUUUGGCCGCCGCCCUCGCAGAGACCCUGUGGGCAGCGGGAGGAGGUGGCAGAGCCGUGGUCUGCCUCAUCACCACCGCCCUCCACAUCGCCCCAUGCGGAGACUACACGGCUGACAACUUCACAGAAAGAAUCCAGCUGUUUGAGUUCUCUGAGAAAGCAGCAGCUCAGGAGUUCAUCUUUGACCACAUAAACUGUUUCAAAGGUGAAGGCAGUUGUGGCGUGAUCCUAUUUUUAUACAGUUUACUUUUCUCUAGGACACUGAAAAGGGUCCAAGAAGAUUUAGGCUGCACAGCAACUCCUCUGUUAAAUUGCAGUUCUGGAAUCAUCACCUGUACAGAGGCCCUGAUCAGCCUUCUCCUCAUGGGCCGGGCCAGCCCACAGGAACCGGAUGGUGGCCCGGAGCCCAACGACGGGGCCAUGGAGGGUCGGGCAUGGCGCGGCCCCGUGGGAUACCUGCGCUGGGGACGGGGUCUGGAGGAGCAGGUGUGCCGGGGGCUGCGCACCCCUCGCUUCCCCGUCUGGCUCUGCAGCGCGUCCCGCAGGCACUGCGUCCUCUUCAGCACCGACAGACACCUCCUCUGCGACUGGAAACGGGAGAAACUCUUCCACCUGCACCUCUACAGCGGACAGCAGGGGGGAACAGCCCGUCUGACCGUGGACACUCAUUCUCAUCACUGGGAAGAGGAUCGACGUGAAGACCCAGGCAGCCAGGGGAAGAGGUGUCCACCUGUGGAGAUGGCAAUCAGAACCAAGUGGGCAGGUGCAACCAUCAGCUGGAAUGGGACAGACCCCUUCUUGUGA